AUGACUGAGUAUAAUGUAGUUAGUGACCGACCUAAUCGAGCAUUCUUAGUUGAACCAUCCAAUCAUGAAUACCUCUCAAAAAGAAUUGACAUAUGGCACAACAAAACAUCCCAAUGCUCAUUUGAUUCUUUACCUGAACCAAUUCAGUUGUACAUUUUCUCAAUGUUGGAUUCUUGGAACCUUCUUAAAGUGUGUGAAGUUUGUAGAACGUGGGAGAGAUUGGGUUCAGACGAAGUUCUUUGGAGGAAAAAGUUGAGUAGAGAUGUGAAGAAGUGGAAUGUGCUUGGCAACUCAUUUAAUCCUGAUACCAUGUUGAAUAUGAGCUACAAAGAAGUAUAUAUGUCUUGCUGUCCAUCUUUGAAAAGACAAAAGUUGCCACUAAUGCAUCAGAUUACAAAAGCACUAAGAUCAUUGGCCUAUAUGAUAAACAAAAAAGUACCAAAGCUAGCCAUGUUUGGUCCUGGACUUGAGUCAAAAGGUACCAAAUUAGUCCGAAACUUACUUCAAGAUAGAACAAACCUAUUUGAAUUUAUUUCUUUAUUUCCCGGAAGAUUUGAAGGAGUAGGUGGAGGCAUAAGAUUAAAUUUGAACCCAUACUCUCUGGAGUUCGACCUCAUAACACUUUACACAACAAACCAAAAUGAGCGAGAAACCAGAUCAGCCACGGAGAGGGCAUUGCAAAACAGAUUGUUCGCCAAUCAAGAACAAACGAAACUGCAAAAAGCUAUUAAAGAUUUGUGCAAAACACUUGAUGGGUUGAUUUACGUCGUUGAUGCCCACUGCACAGAUGAAGAUCUAUUAUGUGGUCUGCCGGAAUUAUUAGCUCUCUCAAACGAAAUCCUCAUCCCGUCACAGAUGCCUCUCCUUGUUCUUUUGUGCUCCAAAGCUGGAAAUAUUCAGCACAGAUCUAGUAUUGAUGUCAUCAGGUUAUUGCAACUCUCAAAACUCACGCGACCGUGGCAAAAAUAUAAAAAAUCGCUAACAUUAGGUCACCAAUGUUAA